AUGUUCCCGCAUAAAACAGUUUGUGUAACGCAACCUGAGCAUUCGCGACAAGCAGACGUCUUCGUCGUCGUGGAAUUGAGGAACCCCCUGCAGACUUCACCUGGAGAACCAGCAUCGUCAGCCCGGCUUACGCUACACGACAGCAAAACAAAUCUCACCUCGUCUCUGCUAUUUUAUCCCAAGUCGGAAAAAGGAAACACCGCAUUCGGAAUGAGUCCCGUAGCCAUCGUAGUGCAGAUGAUACCGUGGGAAGUUCGAACGCGUGAGGGCACGCUUUUUCACCCCCCGGAGGAGUUACGCAUAAUAAGACACCGUCAAGUCGCCACGCGCGCACUUUCCGACGCGCAUGUCAACAGCGAGCUGGCAACCGGACCCGACACGUGGACACGCGCUUCCGCUCCACGACAGCCGCCAAUAUAA